AUGGCCAUUCUCUCUUCACCCUUCCCCAGGUCGCGGAACAUUGGGAGGUUCGGGGCAAGCGAUACAGGGACUGAUUUGCCGGUGAAUGGCCUUUCAUGGCAAAGCCUGGCUGAGUACUUUCGAGCGAAACGGGCUGCAGCGAUUCCGACGAGAUGGACUAUCCCCUCGUUGACGCUGAACGAGGCAAUCCGCUCUACACAACGUCCCGUUGACCUAUUGCCACGUUUUCUCUCGCAUCACGAGAUGCAAAUCACGGCUCUAGGCGCUGCCGAACUCGCCUCGAAAAUUCGCAACUUCGAGCUGUCAUGCAUCCAAGUAGCAGAGGCUUUCUGCCAUCGGGCCGCUGUGGCGCAACAACUGACCAACUGCCUGACAGAGACGUUCUUUUCCGAAGCCAUGAACCAGGCGCGGAAGUUGGAUGCGAUUCUCAAGGCCUCGGGCGAACCAGUUGGUCCUCUACACGGGGUCCCCGUCUCCGUCAAGGACCAAAUAAUCGUCAAAGGAAAGCACACUGCCUCGGGAUACACGCUACAUGCCAAGGGUCCAGUCAAAGAACAAGAUGCACCCAUUGUGGAGACGUUGCGCAACGCUGGCGCCGUCUUGUACUGCAAAACGAACGAGCCUCAAUGUACCAUGGCCAUGGAAGCCGUGAACAACAUCUACGGCCGCACCCUGAACCCUUGGAACAGCAAUCUUGGCCCUGGAGGGUCAAGCGGUGGGGAGGGAGCUCUUCUUGGCAUGCAAGGCUCCCCCCUGGGUAUCGGAACUGAUGUGAAUGGCUCUGUCCGGGUCGCGGCUGCCUAUUGCGGGCUGUACGGGUUCAAGCCUUCGGCCAGGCGUAUUCCGACUGCGGCAAGGGAGCAUUGCAUGCUGGAGCAGGAGUCGAUUGCAUCCGUUGCGGGUCCACUUGGGCACAAUGUCGAAGACUUGGAGCUCUUCUUGCAGGUCGCUUGCGAUGCGAAGCCAUGGUUGAGAGAACCGCUUCUUCGCAUGCCCUGGAGAUCGCAAAUCAGACGCAUGCAAAGCCAGAAGCUCGCGAUCGGCAUCAUGCUAUGCGACGACGUUGUGCUGCCUCAUCCGUACAUUACGCGUGUGGUUACGGAAACGGCGCAAAAGCUGCAAGCUGCUGGGCAUGAAGUCCUCGAGUUCAAACCAUACGAGCACAAGAAAGCAUGGGACGAGAUUCAACUCCCCCUCUACUUUGCCGACGGCGGACGGGACGUGAAAGCGCUCCUUGCUGGCAAAGAACCCAUCCUUGCUUCCGCAAAACGCCUUUUAGACGACCCCAACAUCAGAGAACGCACGCUGCACGAAGUACGCAAGCUCAACCUGGCGCGGGACCUCUAUCGCGCUGAAUACCUGCAGCACUGGGCCGACACAGCCAAGGCCACGUCGUCAGGGCAGCCGAUGGACGUGCUCAUCUGCCCUGCAGCGCCAACACAGGGCACUCCGCAUGAGGUGAAGACGUGGUGGGGAUACUGCUCCCAGUGGAAUCUGCUGGAUUACCCGAGCGGAGUGCUACCCGCGGGCAGGGUGCGCUGCACGGACGCAUAUCCAGAGGGUUACGAGCCUGCGAAUGAGUUGGAUGAGGAGAACAUGAAGCUGUACGACAUCAAACUGUACGCAGACCUUCCUGUCACCAUCCAGGUUGUUGCGCCCAACCAAGAGGACGAGAGACUGAUGGGCGCCAUGAAGGUUAUUGAUGCCGUUAUCCGGGGGUAA